AUGAAGAUGCCGGUCAAGGCAUUGCUUCCUUUUGGGAGUUGGGGCUACGCCAGGGUGAAGUACUGGAACGACCGGACCACGGACUUCCAGCGCACGAAGGUCCAGAUUUUGGGACCAGAUGCCUCGAUGACCGAGGGGGUACUAUGUCCGGACAGAAGCUGGAAAGAAAUGCCUUUGGAAGAUGGACUUCCGCAGCUUGGUGAUGCCGAUGAAGAAAGGCAUCCGGUGCGAGAGUUUGGGGUUCCGCGGAGGCGGAUCGAGGGGAAGACUUCGAGCUUUGAGGGCGGAAUUCCAGGAGCUGGACUUGGGAGGAGGCCUACAGUGCUGGCAGCGAAUUCUACAUGGAGGAAGCUCGGACCAGGGAGGUCCUAUGGCCGCAGACGGUCACGGUGUCUGCUGAUGUUCGCGCGGGAGUUGGGCGAUUGGAAGGCGGCCAUCAAGGCCGAGUAUGACUCGCUGCUCAGCACGGGCACGGUGCGGAAGGCAGUGAAGAACGAGGUCAAGGAGCUCGAGGAGAAGUGCCAUGAUGAAGGCAGGAUCUUCAAGGUGGUGCCAGGGAAAGCUGUGUGCGCCAGAAAAAGUCCAGACGGACGGCGUGGGGUCAUCUGUGGGAACUAUAUGCAGGAGCGUCCUGCUGAAGAGGUCUAUGCCAGCGGCAUUGACGUGGGGGCAGUUCGAAGCCUCAUUCGGCACGCAGCCCUGGAGCGCUGGAGCCUGGUGACGGUGGAUGUGAAAACCGCCUUUCUUCACAUCCCUCAAGAAGAGCGUAAGGAUGUGACUAUCGUCAAUCCGCCCAGGCUGUUUCAAGAUGCUGGAGUCACUGCCGCGGGAGAGCAGUGGAUUGUCCAAGGGACCUUGUAUGGCACCAUCGCUGCACCAAAAGAGUGGGGGGCCUACCGCGACCGCAUGAUGGCGGAGAUGGUGUGGGGUGAGCAGGGCGAGUGGCGCCUGGUGAAGCUCCCUGAGGCCAAUGUUUGGGCCAUUGAGAAGAAGGUCAAGGUGACCGGGGUGGUCCAUGGCCACGUGGCGGUGUACGUCGAUGACGUGAUGGUCUCAGGCACCGAUGCCACGCUGGCAGCCUUCAUCGAAAAGUUUAGGUCCAUGUGGACGUGCUCCGAGGCCGAUUGGGUCGAGGAGGGAAAAGUUACCAAAUUCUGUGGCCUCGAUGUGGAGAAGGAUGGUGGGGGCCAAGAAAGCUACAUCCGGCUCAUGAUGGCUAAACACGAGAUCGAAGGGAUCUCCAAACUGCCAAAGGUCGAGGUGCCGACCGAAGAUGAGGAGGAGCCAGAGCUAGCUUGCAUCUGGCAUUUUGCGGUCAAGCGGCCAAAAGCCGUGGUCAAGAUCGGUGAGGAGGUACUGAAGUACUUGGCUGGUACGCCAACCUUGGGGCUGUACUACGGCGCUGUGGAGGAGAUUUCCGGUCAUGGAGAGCACCACCAGCUCCCGAUCAAGAGGGGCCGCAGGACCAUGGAGGCUCACUACGAUGCAGCAUUUGCUCCCGGCGGAGGGAAGAGCAUGACCGGCUUGAUCGUGAAGUACGCUGGGGCGCCAGUCUUUUGGGCCUCAAUGAGGCAUCUGGAUGGGGGCUACUUGGUGGCGGACGGGCUCACCGAGCAGUUGGCCGGAACCUUGCGUGAGCGGCUCAUCAAGGAGCUCUUGCUCAGGGAUGGCAGGGAGGCUGCAGUGAAGAAGAUGUGUCUGAAGCGGCUCAAUCCGGAUGUCCAUGAUCGGAUUGUGAAGGCUGCUGGCCUGAUUGUGGCCGCUGUGGCACUCCAAAGUGUCGCUGACACGGAGGAGGCCAAGGGUGAUGAUGAUGGCAGGAGUUUCUUGAUCCUGAUCGUGGUUUUGGUCCUCAUAGCGGGCUACAUCAUUGGCGAUGCCAUCAAGCGGUAUGGGCUUGCGGCUCUCCGGAGGAUGUUGGGCACCGAGGACAUUGUGAAGGUGAAACUGCUCCGCGAGGAGGCUUUGGUGCCAGCACGAGCACGCGACCAGGAGAUGGUGGAAGUUGAGGUCGAGGAAGAGCAGGAGACUGAGGUGUGUUUAGCCCUUUUGUUGGCUGCCUUGGUGCGCAGCUGGUGCUUUGCAGAACUGCCGAACCCAGAUCAGAGGACACCCCUCGAGGAUUUGAAGGUUGGUGAAGAAGUAGACGGUCGCGUGAUCAAGAAAUUCUUUCCCAAUGGUUGGUUCGUAAACAUCGGUGCCACGAAAGAUGCAUUUUUGGAGUUCGAAGAAGCCUUUGAUGGCUUUCCGCCCCAGAAGUUUAGCACAUGGCGAAAGGGGGCAUCAUUGUCAGCCCGUAUUCUUGAAAUUCAUGAUGGCAAGAUCUACAUCACUGUGCGAAGUGGAUCACUGGAACGUCCUCCCCGAUUUCGGCGUCCACCAUCUGCCCAGGACGUUGAGGCCUUAAGAAAUGCUGGUCAGAAAGACUGGAUUGACGGCACUGUUUGUGGCAUGGCGGAGGGUGGGCUUUGGGUGUGCCUUUACCCGGAGGGCGUCGAACCCUUCCGGUCGCUGCUGCGGUUGGAGCAUUGUACGGAUGAAUGCGUGAAGACAGCGUAUCGUGGACUGGCGGUACGUGUGCGCAUUACGGGCAUUGACAGCGAGAAGAACAGGGUCAAUAUUUCUAUGUUGGAUCCUGCUGUGGAAUAACUACAUGCGGAUCCUUAA